AUAUAUGCUGCAUCUGAAGGCAAGACUGCUUGGUAAGGAGUUUGUGCAGCCCUGAAGUGGAGACAAAGUACAGUGUGAAGGCAACUGCUUAGGAGAGCCACAGAAGAACAUCUUGAGCAAAGGAGAGAAGAGCCAUCUGCAGGAUGAAGUGUGUUGCUGUCGGCGUGUUGCUCAGUCUCCUAGCACUGGGACGGCCUGCUCCUCUGAGCGACUGUGACACUGUGGUAAAACCAAUAGCCAUCAGCAGAGAAUAUAUGUUGGGGAGAUGGUUGUACAUCGGGGGGAGCUCUGACCUCCCAGGAAGCCGCUCGCUGGGCCACCUGAUGUCCAGCGCCUGGUUGAACCUCGCUGAAACGUCCCAGAGCAACGUCCUCACUCUCACCCAGACCCAGAGAUUAUACAGUAAAUGCACAAGUCUAGUAUACAAUGUGACCUUUGAAAACAGCAUAAUGUUAAUUGAACAACCUUUCUACCUCAAGGAAGUCUACCUGACAACUGAGCCUGACUGUCUGGUCGCCUAUGAAGAAAUUAUCUCUGGGAGAGAUACGUUUACCAGUCUUCUCAUGUUUAGCAGGACAAAGAGUGUCUCACCUGCUGCUCUGGAGAUGUUAAAGAGACAAGCAGAGUGUCUGGGGAUGACGUCGCCCAUAAUAGUAGAUCCGAACUACGAAAUGUGUCCAGAUGACAUCCAGCCCUCUGAGGGGCUCAGCGCUCUCAAUUCAUUACUGGAGGCCAAGAUGGGACAUCGAGUUACAAGAGUGCUGGAUUAUCUUUUUGAUAUGUUUGUCAACUGAUUUUCAGUGGUGGAAAGUAACUAAACAGACUGACUCAAGUGCAGUACUUAAAUAUAAUUAAGAGGUACAAAUUCUUUACUGAAGUAUUUCCAUUUCUUUUUGCUACUUUAUACUUCCACUCCACUACGUUAGACGGUAUUAUUGUACGUGUGAAACUACAUUUAUCAGAAUUUUUCUGUUUAAUGGAUAAUAUAAGAAGCUUUUAGAUUACAAGGAUAAAUAAAGUUUAAACAAGUCUUUUCUAACUGUUUCGGCUGCCGACAUCUCACAAAAAGGAGCAGUGUGUAGUUGGGGUCAUAUUUCAGAUGUCUGUGUAAAAUACUGUUUUCUGCCCUAAAGCUUCUCUCUUGUUUUAAUUUCAAUAAAUGUUCAAAUGAUCCAAUAACUUACUUUAAAUUGAGGAUUAGAGGAAAAAACUGAUUUGCAUAUCUGAACUUUUUUCCUUUCCCAUUUAUCAUCUGAUGAGUCCUCAGAUUUAUUUUAUGUCCCUGUAUAUAAAACUGUAUAUAAAGUAGUUGAAACUAGCUCCAGCUGCAGCAGCUGCACCAGUAACCUGCUGCUGACACACUCAUGCUUCACUAUUAAAAAUCUAAUGAUGUCACAUAUAAAAAUAAACCAGUCACAGUGACCAAACCAGCACUUUUACAUUAAUACUUCUAGUAACAUUUUGAUGUUCAUACUUAUAUAGUUUUACUUAAGUAAGAUUUUUCAUGCCUGACUUUUGCUUGUAAUGGGCUAUUUUUACGUUGUUGUUUUACCCAAAGGUUCCAUAUUGUGCCACUUUUCAGCAAGUUAAUAAAAAGCUCACAUGCCCCCAGAA